UUUACAUGUUUGGCAAAAUUUACAAUUUUGUUCUUUAUUUAAGUAUUUCAUAUUAAUGGUUUUGUAAUAAAAACAAAUUUUAUAGUGAUGGUCGGUAUUUAAUGGUUUAAAUGUAGAGAUUGGAUGAAACCAUUAAAAUUUGAAGUAAUGAUGCCACGUGCUGAGCAGAUCUAAUAUGAUGCCAAGUGGAUUUUUUUUUUUCAAACACCUCCAAGUGUCCUCGAUAAUGCUCUAGCGUAAAUGGAGUUACAAAAAUGACGAACUCUUGAGACAGAAUUCUCGUUUGUUCUGAAAAAAAGGUCAGAGAGGGGAUGAUUAGGGUUUCAGACAGUAUCCCGAUGUAAGAAACCAUUGGUUACUAUUCUGAAGAAUGAAGAACAGCGUGGAAUCUCGCGAAGAAGAUGCAAAUGUUUCUUCUUCAUUUAGUCGUUUACCAGAUGAAAUCAUCCUCCAAAUAUUCAACAAAUUAAUCGAUUUGAAAACCCUAUGCUUUUGCUAUCUCGUUUCCAAACAUUUGUCCUCGAUUUUACUUCAAAUCGAAGCCAUUUCCUUCACUGCUCCUUUAUUAAACCCUCGCAAUUCCGAUAAGAACACCGUCAGUGACGUCUCCCCAAGUCAGCCGUUUCUAUCCGCGCAUACGUUUUUGAGCAAGUUUAAAGAAGUGAAGUUCUUAUGGAUCGAACUUCCUUCAUCCAGUCAUAGAGAUAUUGAUGAUCGUCUUUUGUUCAGGUGGAAAGCUAAGUUCUGUAGCAGAAUGAAAUCGUUCAUAUUUCUGUCACCACAUUCAAUUUUUCACAAGGAUGGAUUCUGUAUUAAUGGAAAUGGGGAAGAAGAAGAAGAAGAAGACAACGAGUUACGCAAUGAUAUGUUUAAUCAGAAAUUAGUCAUUUCGUUUCAGUGUUUUAGGGAUGCGAUGGUCUGGCAUUCGAUAUUGUUGUACUUGGUUAAGGAUCUACCAAAGUUAGAAAAGGUUUCCAUUACUGAGUCAGGGAGAAGAGGGAAGCUUUCUCUGAGUGGGGAAAAGCUCAUUGAGGUGAAGGAAUGGGUACAACAUUCAGCUUCUGAAGCUGUAAUGACUCAUUUAGAGCUUCCUACUAAAAUAAGUAAUGGUUACAUUCCCGUUUUGAAAUUACCAGUUUCAGGUUAUGUGAUGAAGGGGAUAUUUUUUUGUGUAAUGAAGAUGAAAGAUCUUGAGGGUGGAAAUGAUGGUGUUAUGAACAAUGAGGAUGCUUCUGCAGAUAAAGAAGAAGCUGCGUAUACUGAAGCUGUGAUGGAAAUUUUGGAGAAGCAUACGACAUGAUGCUUAAGAUGGCCGAUGGUGUUUUAGUAUGAAUCAGGUAAUGAAGCUAGUUCAAGUAACAACUAACAAAGGAAGGGAAAAUAUUUGGUAGAUUGGUAGAUAUUAAUUGAUAGAAGAUAGAAGAAAUGUUUAAAACAAGUAUUGAGAUGUGGUUAUUUUUGAGGCGGAUUUAUCUUUAGAAACUAGAAAGGUAGCAACAUGUUGGUAUGGAAAACAUGUUAUGUAAGUGACAUAUAAUAAUACUAAAGUACUAAGUAGCAUGUAUAUAUUUUAUAACA